AAGGUUGAGGGCUGGACAUGAUUGAAUAGGAGUGGGUCUGGACGCCCUUCCAGGGAGCGAGAUCCUUCGAUAAUUUCACCAAUGGCCGGAAAAUAUUCAUGAGACUUUCCAGGAAUUGUUUUUAUUACUCGAAAAGGGUACGGAUUUACGAAUUGAUAAGAGGAUAAGACAGUUGUUAUCAGGACGAGGUCAGAUAGAUUAUUCCCACCGGAGAUUGAUAAUGGAAAUAGUCGCGGCUCGCGUUUCCCUUCGAAAUGUCAGAGGGACAUAUUUUUCCGGAUGAAAUCGGUGGAGAGCGUCCACCCCCAGUCCUCUACGAGUCCUCGACGACUUCGGGGGUGCACCCGGGCAGCGCAGAUAGAAAUGAAGGGAGACAUCAGAGACGACCUAUACCAAUCAGCACCCAGGAGUGGAGGUCGGCGACGAGGUCGCAGUUCAGUCCCAUUUCCGCUGAAUAUUUCUUGACGAAUGUGGAACAGGUCGAGAUACAGCCAAUAGUGGACCUCAAUGCACUACUUGGACAAUCUGGGCAUCAGUUCAGGGUGAAAAUUCGGGGGGCAGAAACAUUAUUUUUAGCUUCAGAAAACUCGACCAAUUGUCAGAGGAAUAUUUUGGGCUCCUCCAGAAGUUUUUUGAUGGAUGUGAGGGAUCCGUCCGGAGAAUGUGCCUUCACACUGACGAAGGGGCUCAGUUGGGGAUGUGUUCCAGGGUUUUUGCAUAAUAUGACGGUCCAAACUACUGAAUACAUCGGCAGCGUCCAGCAGAACUUCACUCUCUUCGGUCCCAGUUUCACGGUUUAUGAUGCCUCGGGGGAAGCCAUGUGCAUCAUAGACGGGCCCAAUAUGUGCUGCUGUUGCAUGAGCGAUGAAGUUUUCUUCCAGGUUUUGUCUGCAGAUAAGACUCGUCAAAUAGCCUCCAUAAGUCAUCAGUACGAUCACCUACUCGUCGAUUAUAUUCUGCUUCUGACGUUUCCGAUCGACGCCAACGUCCGACUGAAGAGUCUCCUGAUGGCAGGGACAUUUUUGCUGGGGGCACUCUACUUCGACCGUUUGUCCAGCUCCACUAGAUCUAGACCUACCACCUAACUGUUCAUAAUCCUAUUAUUAUUAUUUUUAUUUGUAAAAUAAAUAAAUUGAGUGGUGUCAGUAAUA